UUCUUGUAAGUCAAAGGUCAAUGAGACCGACUUGACGAACUUCCCUUUUAUUUCCGCGUUCGGAGCUCGCAGAAAAUCCCACCAAACUGCUUUUGUUCUGGUUCAGAAAUCGCAGGUUUUGCAUAGCUGCUGCAGAAAGGACAGUCCACACUAAUUCUGUGUGGAUUUUAGCAGGUUCUUCUAGUACUUCUUGGCCAGCAUCGUAGCCGCCAUGGGGUGCAUCAACAGCAAAGAGGAUGGCACAAGCUACCGCGCCGAUACCAGAAACGACAGCAACGACAUGGGCAGCCCGGGCAUGAAGAUAACAACUCCGUCACCGACCAUUGCCACCGGAGGUGUCACCGAUUUCAGGGGAAACAGUCAGAUGUUCAUCCCUACCCCUGCUCAACCUAAACCCAGCAAACCAGUACUGAAAUACGUUGCCAUUUACGAUUACGAGGCGCGAACAGGAGACGACUUGAGCUUUCUGAAAGGAGAAACACUAGAUAUAACGAAUAACAACGAUGGUGAUUGGUGGCUGGCAAGGUCAACGAAGACUUUACAAGAAGGUUACGUCCCCAGCAACUACAUCGCACCUGUCAAGAGCAUCAGUGCUGAAGAGUGGUACUUUGGUCGUAUCGGUCGCAAGGAAGCAGAGAAGAAGCUUGUAAUGCCUGGUGUCGAGCGAGGCAUGUUCAUUGUGAGAGACGGUGAAGCCACACCAGGUACUUUUUCACUUUCUGUUCGUGACUACGACCCUGUUAAAGGGGACCAUGUGAAACACUACAAGAUCCGAAAGCUAGACAACGAGGCGGGAUUCUACAUAGCCAUGCGCAGCCCCUUUCCGGUUCUGGCUGAGCUAGUCAAACAUUACCAACAGGUGGCUGAUGGACUGUGCAUUAAGCUGACCUUCCCUUGCCCCAAGGAGAACCCCAACACCGUCAGCCUCGGCAGAGAUGCUUGGGAAAUCCCCCGCACUUCCCUGACGCUGGAAAGCAAGCUUGGGGCCGGCCAGUUUGGAGAAGUCUGGAAAGGUACUUGGAAUGGGAAGACCCCAGUGGCCAUCAAGACCCUCAAGAAGGGCACUAUGACUCCCACAGCCUUCCUGGCAGAAGCCAACAUCAUGAAGAAACUCCGCCAUCCAAAACUCUGUCAGCUCUACGCCGUCUGCUCUGAUAAGGAACCCAUCUACAUCGUGGCUGAGUUGAUGUGCAACGGCAGUCUUUUGGACUUCUUGAAAGACGGCGAAGGCCGCAACCUGAAGUUGCCGGAGCUGGUCGACAUGGGAGCUCAGAUUGCAUCUGGCAUGGCCUUCCUCGAGUCCAUGAACUACGUCCAUCGUGAUCUAGCCGCUAGGAACGUCCUGGUGGGAGAGGGCAACAUCGUCAAGGUGGCUGAUUUUGGGCUGGCCAGGAUGAUUGAAGAUACCGAGUACACUGCUAGACAAGGUGCCAAGUUCCCAAUCAAAUGGACAGCCCCAGAGGCGGCCAUGUACGGACGCUUCACCAUCAAAUCCGAUGUCUGGUCCUUCGGUGUUCUACUGACUGAGUUGGUCACACACGGACGUAUACCAUACCCAGGUAUGAUGAACAUGGAGGUCUUGGACCAGGUGGAGCACGGCUACCGCAUGCCCAAGAUGGCCAAUUGCCCGGACACCCUCUACGAACUCAUGCAGAAGUGUUGGGACAAGGAUCCUGCCGCCAGACACACCUUCGAGUUCCUGCAUUCCUACUUGGAUGACUACUUCGUCGCGACGGAGCCCAACUACAAGGAAGCGGAGUAAACUCGGUGGUGAGAAAAAGUCAAAGUGUGUGAUGUCCGUGGUGGGGACCACAAAUUGAAGAUAAUGUACAGUAUAAACUGCAACAGGUGUUAGGAAUCUAUCGGUAAAAACUAUCCAAUAAUGAGAUGAGGGCGUGUCCACAGUAACAUAGCAUCCACAGAUUUAUUUGGGAUUGGUAUUGUCGGUUAUUCUCUUUGUUAACAGACAGUUCUCUUUCAUAAAUCAGUCAAUUGACCUAUCGCCGUUUACGAGUUAGCCACGCCCCUUAGACAACCCUAUGAAAUUUUGUACGUUAAG